AUGUCUUUGAACCAAAUGCAAAUCAAGCAGGAAAUCACCCUCCCACCUGGCCUGAGCAAAACGGUUUCAAAGCAAAGCCAAGACCCUGUGCCGUGCACUGAGCCGCUCCCAUGUCCGCAGCAGCAACAUGAUGUCCAAGUCUCAACACCUUGCCCAGAACCAGUGCCAGUAGCAGUGGUACCAUGUCCCGAAAAAUCAGUGCCAUUGCCAACACCGGUGGUGGAACCAGGCAAGGGAGAAACGCCAGUGGUCAUAAUCCCCGAGUGUCCGCCCCAGGAGCUGCAGCAGCAACAGCAGUGCAAGCUACCACCAACUUUGCCACCUGUUUCAUGCCCUGAGCCUGUUCCAUGCCUUGAAGAGAAGUCAGCAUGCAAAGAGCUGCCUGUCCCAGCCCCUGUUUCCUGCUCUGAACCAACUCCAUGUGUGCUGGAGAAACAGGAGUGCAAGGAGAUCCCUGUGCCAGUCCCUGUUACCUGUUCAGAGCCUGCAGCAUGUGCCCAAGAGAAGGAGCAGUGCAAGGAGAUCCCUGUACCAAUCCCUGUUCCAUGCCCUGAACCUGCACCAUGUCCCCAGGAGAAGCAGGAGUGCAAGGAGAUCCCUGUGACCACCCCAUGCCCUCCAGAGCAGCAGGAGUGCAAGGAGAUCCCCGUGCCAAUCCCUGUUCCAUGCCCUGAACCUGCACCAUGUGCCCAAGAAAAGCAGCAGUGCAAGGAGAUCCCUGUUCCAUGCCCUGAACCCGCACCAUGUGCCCAAGAAAAGCAGCAGUGCAAGGAGAUCCCCGUGCCGAUCCCGGUCCCAUGCCCUGACCCUGCACCGUGUCCUCAGGAGAAGCAGGAGUGCAAGGAGAUCCCUGUGCCAACCCCAUGCCCUCCAGAGCAGCAGGAGUGCAAGGAGACCCCUGUGCCAAUCCCUGCUCCCUGCCCUGAGCCAGGGAAGUGCUCCCUUCCGGAGAAGUGCCCUCCCAUUGAGCAGCAGCAGGUGAAGCAGCCCAACCAGUGGCCACCCAUGCAGAAGUAA